AGUAGUAGUAGUAGUAGUAGUAGUAGUAGUAGUAGUAGUAGUAGUAGUAGUAGUAGUAGUAGUAGUAGUAGUAGUAGUAGUAGUAGUAGUAGUAGUAGUAGUAGUAGUAGUAGUAGUAGUAGUAGUAGUAGUAGUAGUAGUAGUAGUAGUAGUAGUAGUAGUAGUAGUAGUAGUAGUAGUAGUAGUAGUAGUAGUAGUAGUAGUAGUAGUAGUAGUAGUAGUAGUAGUAGUAGUAGUAGUAGUAGUAGUAGUAGUAGUAGUAGUAGUAGUAGUAGUAGUAGUAGUAGUAGUAGUAGUAGUAGUAGUAGUAGUAGUAGUAGUAGUAGUAGUAGUAGUAGUAGUAGUAGUAGUAGUAGUAGUAGUAGUAGUAGUAGU